CGGAUUUCCCCCCAAACCGAAGACUUUCUAAUUUCGCAUUGCUUCCAUUUGCUUGCGACGAACGACAGCCCCCCUCACGAAUUCAUUCCGUUACGACCACCCAAGUCCGAGACCUCGGGACCCUCGUCGACAUGGUUACUCGCAAGCCCGUUCCCAACGAGACCUCCCUCGACACCAACGCUGCUGCUCCACGAGUGGAAGACAUGCGGAAGGAGCUCUGGAGCGCAACCGAUUCUCCUUCCGACGUAGACAGUGUUUGGGACGAUGCUCCGCAGCAAAGGGGCGCCGCUGCUCUGAACCAACAAACGAUACCCCAAGACAUUCCCGAAUCUCUGAAGCCUGGCGGGGUCACGGCACAGGCCCCCGAGAUGACCAACGGAGGAUGGAAUGACGUUGACGGCCAUCCACCUCAAACCGCCGGCGAGACAAGAAGCGAGUCCAACGAGAUCCCACUGGUAUUACGGCCAGGAGCGCCACCUUCACGAUCCGACACGAACCCGUUCAAGCGCAAGGAAGUCCGCGACGACUCAAAUCCAACAUCACCGCCCACCAUUGGGACCCCGACGAUGCCCCCGGCGCAGCCACUCUCGCAGAUGAGCACCGGCGAGAUCAGUAAUAAUCCAUGGCAACCUGCCCUCGACCAGCAUGCGCAGAGAGCUGCCGCCGCCAGCGCCCAGCAGUCUUUGCGUACUCAAAAUAGCGGAGAGUCUGAGCGCGAUGCAUGGGCUGCAACACAAGAGCCAAAAUUGCCCGCUAUUUCGACAUCUCCAGCACUGCUAUCGCUCCCCUCAGAACCUACCUCACCGGCAUGGGACGACUUGCCGGAGAAUCAGAGCAAGAAACCACUAGAAUUGCCAGUGGCAUCGAUUCCCAACGAUGCCGCUGCAGACCAGGAUGCCUGGAACGACGAAGGCGGACAGAACAAGGGCAAGGGAAAGGCUCCUGCCCCCGCGCCCGUUGUCCUUCCUCCUCCCACAGUCGAAGAUGGGCCCAUGGAUGAUUGGAACCUCAUCGACGUCGAGCCGCCCGCUGGCCCUCCGCCGGGCAGAUCGCAAUUGCCAGACCAAUCGCGCGAUAGGCCCGAUCAGGUCUCUGACGACAAAGUAGCGCCAGCAUUGCCUCCUCGGAACGACGACGAAGAGCAACCUCCGCGCCAACCCCCACGCCCUGUGGACGGCAAGGCCGAAACAUACCAGAUCAAGAACGUCCGUUGGCACGAUCAUAGUACUGACAAGAACCCGCGAGUUUCGCCGAUCCUCGUACAGAAUGCCAACGGCCCCUGCCCUCUUCUUGCUUUGGUUAACGCGCUCACACUCACAACUCCGUCAUCUCUAUCAGAAACGGCCUUGAUAGAGGUCCUCCGCUCUCGAGAGCAAAUCAGUCUCGGGUACUUACUGGACGCUGUCGUCGACGAGCUGAUGAGGCGAACGCAAGAAGCUUUGCCUGAUGUAUCCCAGUUGUAUACCUUUCUGAAGGGUCUUCAUACGGGAAUGAACGUAAACCCACGUUUUGUUCCCACACCUGAAAUCAUCAAGGCCUUCAAGCGCACUUCCUUGACUCACUUGCACCCUACCGAACGCGACGAUUUGAUUCCCGGAACCUUCGAAGACACCCGAGAGAUGGCACUCUAUGCUGCUUUCGCCAUCCCGCUUAUCCAUGGGUGGCUGCCCACUAAGAAUGAUCCGGCCUACCCUGCUUUUGAGCGCCAGGCGGCCUCAUUUGAAGACGUACAGACGCUCCUCUUCCGAGACGAGGAGCUGCAGGAAAAGCUAGGAGAAUUGACGGAAGAGGAGGAGCGGAUAUACUCAGACAUACAGUCAAUAAAGGCGUUUCUGGAGACUUCAGCUACGCAGUUGACGCCAUCUGGACUUGAGGUUAUCACGAAGGCCAUGAAGCCCGGCUCUUUUGCCAUCCUGUUUAGAAACGACCACUUUUCAACACUGUACCGGCACCCUGCGACACAGCAGCUCCUGGUCCUCGUCACCGACGCAGGAUACGCCACCCACGACGAGAUUGUUUGGGAAUCCCUAGCCGACGUGAAUGGCGAGCGCACGGAAUACUAUUCUGGUGAUUUCAGAAUCGUGGGCGGGGAGCAACCGCAAGGGAAUUCUAUGGGACAACCUACCUCGAGAAACAAUGCCCAAAAUCUACCGAGAAUCGACACGAGUAGCGCCAAUGAGGGAGGCUGGACUACUGUGCCCGGCCGCGGCAACAAGCACCUCGAGGCUCCGGCGCAAGGUGAUGAAAUGCCCCUGUCACCGAAUCAUGAGCAGGAGGAUCGAGAUCUCGCCCUCGCACUUCAGUUGCAGGAAGAGGAGGAACAACGCCAUCGGGCAGAGCAGUCGGCUCGUCGGCGCGAGAGUCAGCUUAGCGAGCAGUAUAUCGAGCAACAAGCGCGACUGCAACAAGGGCCCACGACUAGACGUGCAGCCGAUAGGCAGGCUGCCCGAACCGGUACCAGCGCACGCAGCAACAGCAAUGGCAACUCAACUGCUUCUCGCGGCAGCCGUCGAAACUCUAGCACCAACGUUAGCGGUGCUGCGGUACCGCCCACGUCGGGCCGGCAGCCUGGGCAACCGCCUCAGAUGGUGCGACCACUGGUUCCGCCGACGGUUCCUGCUCGUCGACAAGGCGUGAAUCGGCCGGCUGACGAAGGCAUGGAUGAUGCCCCGCCGACGUAUGAGCAGGCGCAGGCGGCUGCCAAGUACGAACCACCUCCUGGACACCCUCAUCAUCAUGCAAGCAGUCCUGUCAAUCGACAAGGCAACGGGGGUGCUGGGCCGUCAUUCCCGCUGUCUCCCUCGCGGCCAGGCAUGGGCGGCGGUCGUGGGCGCGUACUGGGACCUGGCGGCGUUGUAGGAAGUUCGCAAGGAGGAAGGGAAAGGGAUUGCAUCGUAAUGUGAGCGGAAGAAGCUUUGGUGCUUUUUAUGAUUGCGGCGUUUUCGUGUCAUUUGAAUUCUUGUGCAGAGCAUGGACAGACUUCGACUCUGACAAGCAGGGUUGACAGAGCUUUUUGCUGCACAAACAUUUCCUCUCAGCGGGCGGCGUUGGAAAUUGUGGCUUUAUAGGAUUGAUAGCUGAUGAAUGGAAGAAGAAGCAUGAUCAUGUGGCUUACGCUGAAGACUUGAAGUUUUGGGAAGUACGUCAAGAAAAUAGUGAGCUCUAGUUUUUGACAUCUUCCUCAAGCUGUGGUGGAGGCUGCAAGGGGUAGCUGUAGCUGUACAGUACGGGAUGCUCAGGGGAAC